AUGUUCAAAGCCCUGAUGGGCGGGGGCCGCUCGUCGUCCUCAUCCGACGUUCGCAGCUCCAAGAGCAGCCGGCGCAAGUCUGAAAGGCCCGACAAAUCCGACACAAGAUCAAUCUCAAGUCGCAAGUCCUCACGGGGUGACGACCGUGACCGCGGCCUAGGUGAUUUGUCGUCUUACUCACCAUCGGCUUCCCGCAGUAAGCGUGGCCCACCUAGCAUUGCAGGCGAAUCUAUCGCAUCCACCUAUGUAACCGCCGAGCCAGAAGCCAUUGAUGACUCCGAUCGCUAUUAUAUUGAACGCACACCAAAACGCAGAGACAGUGAACGGGAAAGCAAGAGUUCUCGUCGGCGCGACCAGGACCGAUCCGACAGUCCAGAGCGUGAAAAGAGGCGGAGCCGCCGAGGAACACAAGAUACUCUGGAUGAUGACUUGGACCGGGAGCGCGACCGUCGCGAGCGUCGCCGCACUCACCCAGGGGAUCCAUAUGUGCCCCCGAUCUCCACAGGCAUGCCACCUAGCGCCCCCGGCGCGCAGUUUGCCGCCGAGAUUGGCGCCCCGGGAUUCUCGCAAUUUCCCAUGCAGUACGACGCUGGAAUUCCACCUGCAGGACAUUCGCCCGCGCAUGAAGCCCCGUAUGACCCACACGUGCAGCAACAAUUUCCUGGCCAGUUCCCAGAGCAAGUUGCUGCGCCGUAUCGGCCGCCUAACCCUGCCGGCGCUGCGGCAGACUACUAUGGUGACCAAGGCCAGUCUGUUGAGCACCAGCCCGGCAUUCGACCGGCUCCACCAAGUGUGCUUCCGAACACCCAGGCACACUUGAUGGCAGCAUCUCCAUCGGCUAACCCACCCCCAGAGCCCAGUAGUUUGGGUGAGACUGGUGCAGCGGCGGCCUAUUUCGACGAUGAUUUCCAUGCUCCGGUACAGGAAAGUCAGGCACCGGCAGUGUCUUCAUCUAGACCCCCGAAACCGUCGAAGCCUUCUAAGCCUUCUUCAUCGGGUCUCUUCCCUGCUGCCGCUGUGGGAGCUGCGGCUUAUGGCAUUGGGGGUAUGGUGUCUCAUUCUGAGUCGCAUUCCCCUCCGCAGCACACUACUUCGUAUGAGCAGCAGGCCCAGCCAAUGACGUAUAACCAGCCAAUGGAAUAUCAGCCGAUAGCAAGCAGUAGCUACCAGCCUCCCUCCAAGCCGUCCCACUCUCAUAGCUUCAGUGAAGGUGCCGGUAUUGCAGCUGCAGGUGCUGCAACAGGGUACAUGCUGGGUCAUCACCAUCACUCCUCAAGCCCCGAGCACGCACCACAAUACGCUUUCCAGCACCAUGAGCAAUCUUCUCAAGUUGGUGGUAUGCAAGCUAUGCAACCGUAUGCUCCUGGCCAUAAUAAUGCUUUGUAUGCCGCAGGUGCGGGAGGAUAUGCUGCUCAAGCUGCCUACAACCCGGGUUUUUAUCCUCAUGGACCCAGCGCGCUGGCUUUCCAAGAGCGUCAGCGUGGCCCCAUGGGAAGAUUCGUUGAUUUCUGGCGUGACCCCGAGGCCGUUGGAAGAUUUGAGGAUUACACAGAAUCUAUCGGUGUGUGUAAAUACUGUUUCCAACCUGGCACGAGUUCCGCCGAUGCCCCUCGCAAGCACCAUUAUCACAGGCGCCGCCGAAACUCCCCCGAUCGACGGAGCAGUGGUAGUUCCAGGAUCAGUAAGGUCAGCCGAUACAACUCCUCCGAAGAUGAGAGUCGCCGUCGACCAAAGUCGAAGAAAUCUUCCUCUUGGCUGCCUGGCAUGCUUGCUGGUUAUGCGACCAAAUCGCUCUUCUCAAGCAAGGAGUUUGAUGAUUCUUACAGCCUCCGCUCCGGUCGAGUGGCCUCAUCCCACGGAGAAGAAGAUGACCGAAGGAGCCAUACCUCUCGUGGUGUGACCCGUCGUUCUGGCCGUAGUCCUCAAAGAGACCAUUAUGCAGACUCUAAGCAUGCCUCUCAAUCUGGAUAUUCUCGACACACACGUUCCCGAUCACGGUCUUCCUCUCGUUCCGGCCGGCAUUCGUAUUUGAAGGAGGCUGCAAUCGGUGCCGCAGUGGGCGGGGCGGCGCUGGCUGUUGCAAAGUCGCGUAACCGCUCCCGCUCCCGCAGUCGUUCUCCUGAAGGACGACAACGCCGAAAGGAUUCAUCCUCAUCAUCAUCCUUUGUCAAUCUUCCCAAGCCCGCCAAGAAGUCCAUCGCUGGUGGUAUCGGCUCUUUCUUCACUGCUUCUUCCGAGAACAGAAAGAAACGUCACACCAAGAAGCGGAGCGGUUUCUUCUCAUUCAAGAGUGGCUCUUCAUCCUCUUCAUUGGACAAUGAUCUUGCAUUCGGAGAUGGGUUCUCGAAGAAGUCCUACAAGUCCAAGAAGAAGGGCAAGAAGGGUAAGGAUGUUGAUGCCGCUUUGGUAGAGCUAAGCGACACGGCAACCCGUUUGGCUGGCUCCUCGCCCCACGGUCCUGGGCGCAGCGCAGGCCAGAUGUAUACACGAUCUCGACACUCCAACUACGCCCACUCUACCACUCAGGAUGAAGAAUGGGUCGAUGCCGAAUCGGAGGACCAGUCUUCUUCAAGUGUUAGCUCUGCGCUAGCGUUCGGAGGAAGCAGCGUCGACUCUUCCUCGGACUCCGCCAGCAGCAAAUGGGGCUGGAGAUGGGGAAGCAAGAAGGACAAGAAGAGGAAGGACAAGCGGUCGAGUGCUACAAAUGCCGCUCUGGUAGCCGGCGCCGGCGCUAUUGGAGCCGCCGCAAUCUCUUCUGCUCGUCACCAUGAUAGCGACCCCCGAGCAGGUCUGGGAGUCUGCAACAAGUUUACCCAAUCCCUACUUCCGACCCCUCGCGCUUUGAUGUUGCAAAGAUGUCCCCAUCUGGAACCAGCCCUCAUCCGCCCAGGGCCCAUUCCCCUUCAGCAGCCUCAGCCUUUCACCCCUGUCUCCCAAUCGGUGUACACUACCCAGGGAGCUGUUUCGGGGCCCAUUCCUGUGUAUAGCACCCCAGCGGUCCCACCCCUUUUCGCUAAUGAAGUUGGGCACUACGACUCGCAGUUCCAAAUCAGUCGUGAUGCAGCAUGGGCACCAGAAGCGUCAACAUACGCCGAUCGCCGGAAACCCCGACGGAGUGAUUCCUCUCCUGUUUUCCCCACUCAGGAAACUGCUUCCAGCCUCAAGCGCCGGUUCACCGCUAAGGAGCCAGCCUCCGUGCAAUUUAACUUGACGGAAGAGCAAGCGGAGAGGGAACGCCGCCUUAUUCGUCGUGACAAUAACUAUCGGGAUGAAUUUACUGAUCAACCAGUUCAACUGAUUGACCGAGAGGAAGAGCUGGCCCGCCAGGAAACUGAGCGACGAGAGCGCCGCCGAAAGGAGCGAGACGACGAGGAGCGCCGGUAUGCGGGCGACAGAGAAAAAGACUCCUCAUCCUGGGUCGGUGCAGCAGCAGCUGGAGCUUUAGGCGCUGCCGCUGCCAGCACGAUUCUCUCGCGCAAGACAGACGAUGACGAAGCCUCUGAAGCUAGCCAGCGAUACAAUGCGCGCCGAGAGAAACGCCGCGCCGAGCGGAAGCACGACACUGAUACGAUCGCGGAUAAUUCGAUCGUGUCGCGGUUUGAGCCCACUCAACCGAUUGAUGAAGAAGUGACCACGGUGGAACACCGCGAAGACCAGAAGAAAGGGUCUCCCCGAUCUCCCCGACCAGUACAGGUUUACGACGAUUACGCACAAUUUUAUGCCCCUGAGGAAUUACGACACAGCCCAGAUGUUCACACUCGCAGCAGCGGCUCCCCCAAUAUGCCAACCAUCGUGGAGGUAGAGCCUGCGAGCGAACGACGUCCACAAGAGGAGCCUGAGCCUACAGAGGUGGACUACUCAUACGAACCCUAUCAACACGUGGACCGCCUCCCAUGGCCAGUCCCCGGACUCAACCUCAUUGAGCCAACUCCUCCCCAUAGCGUGACCGGUGGUUCCGUUCGCGACGUUACAUCCCCAACGCCCCCUGUAAAUAAAUCUUAUGAUACCCAGCCUCGCGAACGACCAAGCGGCUCCCGGGUCUCCUGGGGCGAACAUGAAACCCACGAAUACGAGAUCCCCUCUUCUUCCGAACAGGAUCCUCUUGAGCAUGGCAUUUCCCCUAUCGAAAUCUCACCGAAGGACGUUCCUCUCCCUGCAUCCGAGAUAUCCCAAUCCAAGGGUAUUCCCAGCACAUCGGAGUACGGCGCCGAUAUUGAAUUUGCUGCAACGAUCGCUGCUGCGACGGCCGCAGCUGGAUUUGAUCCCUCUCUGAUCACAGAUGACCCAACCUACCACACUCGCACUUCCCCUCCUGGGUCGGAGGAUGAAAACACAUUUACUUCACCCUGGUCUGCACCAGCUCGGAGCGAGCCGCACGGCUUCGUUGAGGGCGAGAUCGAAGAAAUUGACCCCAAGUUUACCAAGGAUAUGACUUCCGCCCCCGAGCACGUGGUCCAGGACAAGGAUGAACUUUUCUUUGAGGAGCCAGAAUUCUUCUCAAGAGAUCUGGACAUUUCCUCGGGACGCCGUGACAAGGCCUCGAUUGCCCAGGAGGUCAUUGAGCAGCUAAAUGGCAAAUACGGCAAGCGCGAUCGUACUGCUUCGCCCGAAAAAGACGUAGAUGUCUUCUCGAUGCCUGGUGGCUUUGAUACAGCCGAAUCUAGAGACUUGCCCGACGCCAGAUCCGUGGUCUCAGCGCCUGCGCCUGUUGCCAUGGACCCAGAGACUCCGACCAAGUCCAAGUCCAAGAAGUCAAGGCGGAGUGGCGAUGACUUUGAGAUUUACGAAUCACGGGAGGUGUCUCCAACUCGGGAUGAAUCUUAUUCUGUUAUCUCCGCUCCCGUGUCGAAGGACGAAACAUCCAAGUCUAAGUCCAGGAAGUCCAGGAGGAGUGGUGAUGACUUCGGCAUUGCUGAAUACCCGGAGUCAGUGGUUCCCGAGUCUCGCGAUGAUUCUUUCUCUGUUAUUUCUGCCCCCGUUUCCAAGGACGAGACAUCCAAGUCCAAGUCCCGCAAAUCUCGACGGAGCGGUGAUGACUUCGAGAUCUACGAGUCACGCGAACCAUCCGAAUCUCGGGAUGAUACCCGCUCGAUUACCUCUACUCCUGCUGGCAAAGAAGAGUACGAGUCAUCUAAGUCGGGCAAAUCGAGACGCAGUGGGGAUGACUACAAUAUCCCCAGAUCACGCGAGAUCUCCGAGUCUUACGACGACAACCGGUCAGUCUUUUCUGCACCUGUCUCGAAAGAUGAGACUAGCAAAUCUCGACGAUCUCGACGCAGCGGAGAUGACUUUGAUAUCUCCCAAUCACGGGAUGUGUCCGAGUCUCGCGAUGAGUCUCGUUCUGUUGUCUCUGAAUCAGCUAAGUCUAGAAAGUCUCGUCGCAGCGGCGAUGAUUUCGAUCCACGUCGCGAUGCUGAAGCCGCCUCUGACGACGCGGAAGGUGGUGAAGAGAAGAAGAGACGUCGCAAGCGUCGAUCUAAGCAUGGAAGUGACACGUUCUCCGUUGACGACGAUGCUCGCUCCGCUAUUACGGACAUUGGAGAUGACAAGUCUGAGCGCCGCAAGAAUCGCCACCGUUCAUCCCGCGACGCUGAAUUUGAUGACAAUGCCUCUAUAACCUCUUCUCCAGCUCGGAUUGACGAAUCCCACGAGAAGCGCCGAGGCAAGGACGAGAAAGAAAAGAGCGGUGGCUUUUUGAGAAGUAUCUUUGGCUCACAAGUCUCAGCUCCAGCUGAGCGUGUUCGGUCUGACCAUUCUCGCUCUUCCUCGUUGGAUAAGCGCUCAUCCCGCGAAGCCAUAUCUGAAGCUGGUGUGGAUGAUGAACGCCGUCGCCAUAAGAAGCGUUCUUCCAAGCACCGCAGCUCCAGCAAUGGGGAUGAAUUGGAUCGUUACAUGUCAGACAAGGAGAAGGGUACGCAGGAUGACACAAAUCUGGAGGAGUACAGGUCCAGUAGACAGCAGAAGGAAGAGCGGCGACGUCAUCGGUACGAGGAAAUCGUGGAUUCAGGGAGGAAACGGGAAUCUGAGAAGGACGGAUAUAGUGACAACUUCGACGAUCAAUCAUUUUUAAGGAAGCACCCUGAAAUUCUAGCCCCUGAGCGCGAAGAUAAUGGUGCUUCGUGGCUUCCAGCAUCAGCAGGUAGCGCAGCAGUCUUCGCUGCAGCAUCAGCACUCAAUGAGAUCCCGCAGCAGAGGCCCCGGAGCCAAUCCACUUCUCCCCCAGCCACAGAGAAGACACUCGAUCUGACCCCCAAGUCUCUGAGCCGCCCCGCUUCACCUGAAACAAGCCACCCCCAGGGGUCCCGAUCCCCCAAGCAACGCCGACACUCCGUGGCCAAGUCCACCAACGAAUCGCCUACAGCCGUGCCUCUCCACUUCCGCCGGCCCCCAACUUCCCCAGGCCUGUCCCGGGCAGUCCCCGUCGAACAAUCCGCCCCCAUCGCCUCCCCAGGCUCGCCAAGCCAGCAACGCAACCGCCGGCCCGGGUCAGUCGAGUUCCGAAACUCGCGUGAAAUCCGUCCUCUAUGGCUCGUCGAGCGCCACAGUUUGAUCAAGGGCGAGCCUGACACCGAGGAGCCCUUGCCAUCGCUCCCAUCCAGCAAGACCUCCUCCCGUGCCCCAUCAAUGGACAACCUAAAGUCUCUCCAUGAUGACGAAGGCCUCAAGAGCUGGGAGCAUGUGGAUCUGAGCAGAUCAAUCAUGGAGAACCAGCGCCCGACCGGUCUGGCAAUUUUAACUGACCAAGCGAACGAAAGCUAUGAUCGAGACCUUGAUCUCCUCGGUUCGCAGCAGCCCACGCCUACCGCUGAGCAUUUCCAGGAUUCAGAGUCGAGGAAGGAAAAGCGCAGAUACGAAUUCCACUCACCUUCUGAGCUCCUGCAGGACCCUGCUGUUCUGGAUGAGUUGCCUCCUUCACCUACGCUGGAUGCCCUGCCCUCUGCAGAGGGCUCCAUGGUUGGAGUUGGCUCUCGGGAGCAAGAAACGCAACGCGCACUUGACGCUCUCGAGGGCGUGUCCCGCCCUCAGCACGAGCCGGAAACCCCGACCAAAGACCAUAAUUCGUUCUUCGGCGGCGUUGCGGACUUUGCCAAGGGCGUUGGCUUUGCCGGUGUUGUCGAUGCAGCUGCUAUUGCCGCUGUCAGGGAGCAUGAUCAGUCCCGUUCCUUGCCUGCAGAUGAACCCGCCAAGGCCCAUAGCUUCAGCGAUAUUGUUGAUGAAGCAGUUGCCGCUGACGGCUCUUCUCACGACCAUGACAAGGUACCUGUCGAUGAGGGGGCGCCCAGUGAACCCGUUACUGCCAUCGAGGAGAAUUACCCCGCUGCCGAGACUGAACCUCUGCGUCAAGAGAUGGAGACGCCCAAGGAAUUUGUUCCUGAAUCUAUUGAACAGCCUAUUGAGUCUUCUGAUCUUCAACUUCAGCCCGAGACAGGAGUCGUCCCCGACGAGGGCGCGGCUACCAAGUCUUCUAAGAAGAAAAACAAGAAGAAGAAGGGCAAGAAGAACCAGGACCAAGAUGCGGAUCUGGGAACCCCCGAAGAACCCCUCGCGCAGGAAGAUUUGUCCAAGGAGUUGGCGCAGGACCGUGCUGUGGAGGUCCCCGACGUUGAAACUGUUUCUGCUGAGUCUGAGGUUGCUAUCCCUGAGCAAUCUGAGCAUGAGGGUGUUGAGGCAUCCCGCGAGCUUGAACCCGAGAUCGUGGUCGAUGAGCCUGUGGUCGAAGCUGCUCCUGUUGAGUCCGCACCGAUCGAGAGCGCUCCCGUUGAGCCCGAGGUCGCUGUUCCUGAGCAACCUGAGGCUGAGCCUAUCGACGCCUCUCGAGAGCUUGAGAUUGAGCCCGAGGUUGCAGCAACUCAAGAACCAGAAGUUGUCACCGCCCUUGAACCUGAGCCUACAGAGGUGGUGCCUACCGAGACCGAACAGGCCGAGGACACUGCAUCAUCGACUAAAAAGGCCAAGCGCGACAAGAAAAAACAGAAGAAGAAAGCUAAGGACGCAUCUACUUCUGAAGAGCCUACAGAUGAUACGGUCGCUCCUCAGGCCGAGGAUGAUAUUUCUGCCUCCAAGGAGGUUGAGGGCCAGCAAGAAGAAACAGCACCUGCACCUGCCGAAGAGAUUGUGGCUGCGCCCUUACCCGAGGAUAUUGCUACUUCUACUGAACCUCUCGAGAACACCGCUGAUCAGACUACGAUCCCAUCUGCUGUCACUGAUGAAGAGCAAAAUCAAUCUGGGGAGCCGGUUGAACCCGCGGGACAGGUAUCUACCGAAGAAUCUGUUCUACCUGUUUCCGAAGAUCCCAUUCUACCCGUGGAGGAGCAGCAGACCCCGGAGCCUAUUUUCACUGAUGCUAAUGAAACCCCAAUUACUGGUGCCACUCAACCAGAAGCGGAAGAAGCAUCCCGCAGCCUGGAAGAUAUUGAGAAGCCAACUGAAGAUUCUACCCAAGAGGCCCCUGUCAAUGACACCACGCCUGAAAUUACUGAAACACCCAAAGAAGACACCGAAGGCGAAGACAACUUCCAAGAGGCCGUCGAAGAACAGGUUGCACAGCCCGCCGAAGAAAAGGAGCCUGCACCGGAGCCUCCCAUUGAAGUGGCUGUAGACGCCCCCGCAGAGGGGUCAGAAACAAAGGCGGAGAAGCGGAAAAAUAAGAAAAAGAAGAAUCGCAAAUCCAAUGCUGUGGAAGAGACUCAGAUUUCCGCUGAAACGCCCGCUCCCGAGACUGAAUCGCCAGAAAUUCAAGAUCCCGAACUUGAGCAAUCAGCUGUUGUCGAACCUGUGGAUACCCAAUCUCCUCCAAUUGGCGGUGAAGCCUUACUUACUGAUCUUGAACAUCUUGAACAGCCUACCAAGGAUGUUCAGGAACCCCUCCAAACCACCAUUGAGGAGCCUGCAGCUACCCAGGAGCAGGAGCAAGUUCCAUUGGAGGCCGCUGUGGAUGCAACACCCGCUGUGACCGAGCCAGUGGACCCCGCGGGGCCAUCUGAUGAACUGUCACAGCCAGCUGUCAUUGAUGUCCAGCCCAACGCUGAAAUCUCGGAUCCUGCUGAGGAGGCUUCUCGCGAAAUCCCAGAGCUCUCUGCUGUCGAGACUCAACCCGAAGCUGAAGUUCAAGCUGAACCUCAACUUCAAGUUGAACCCGAGCCCGAAGUCGCUUUGACUGCUGCCCAGAAGAAGAAGGCUAAGAAAAACAAGAAGAAGGGCAAGCAGAGUGAAACUUCCAUUCCUGAAGACGAAAAGCCUGCUGAGUCUAUCUCGCCGGCGCCUGAAAUUGAGACUGCCGCUGAGGAUAUGGCCAAGGAAGCCCCUCUUGUCACUGAAGAGAUAUCGGCGGAUGCGCCUGCACAAGAACGCGAGAUGGAGCGGCCCGUCGAGGUCGAACAAUCUCUCAAGCCCGAGCAAACUUCUGAGACCGUGCUACCCCAGGAAGAAGCUUCUCCUGAGCCUCUGCCAGAACCAACAGCAGAGGUAUUAGAUUCAGAGGCACCUAAAGAUGAGCCAACCGUAUCAGAGGAGCAACCCAAGGUCGAAGAAUCUCCUGCUGAGCCAGAGGUCCCUAUGACCGCCGCGGAGAGGAAGAAGGCCAAGAAGGCGAAAAAGAAGCAGCAAAAGGAGCAGGAAGAGAGCAUUGGCUUUGUUGCUGAAGAUAUCAAGCCCGUUGAGGCUGAGCCUGCACCUGAGGCUGAAUCAGCUGAGCCAAGCAUGGAUAUUGCACCUGCCGCGGAAAGUGAUGAUGUUGCUCGAGCAGACCCGUCUGCGUCGGUGUCUUCCGAACCUGCUGAGGCUGCACAAGAUGUUGUACCUGCAUCUACAACCGAGCCUGAGGCUGCUCCAGUCACCGAAGAUAUCCCUCCGCCAAUCGAGAUUGAGACCCUCGAGCAAACGAAAGAUAUCGAGCCUUCUGUUGAGGCUGAGCCCCCAGUAGAAGAUGCUGCCCCAUCAUCUGAGAUUGAGGCCACCGAAGCUAUGGCCGAUGUUCCACUAUCGGAAGAAACAACCGCUCCUGCCGAUGCACCCCGAGACCUUGAUCAACAGGACGAUAUCGUCAAGGUGGAGGAGCCGAAGAGCGAGGAUGUGGCUCCAGCACCCACCGAAGAACCUUCGGUUGAUGUUAUAGAGACUGAUGCUCCUAAAGCAGAAGAACAAUCUCCCGAGCCCGAGGUUCCAAUGACUGCCGCCGAGAGGAAGAAGGCCAAGAAAAACAAGAAGAAGCAGCAGAAGCAAGAAUCUUUGCAGCUUGAUGAACAGCCUACGCCUGAGGCUGAGCCUACUUCUACCGAGGAAAAGAGCGUCGAACAAGUUGGCGACAUCCUGCCCGAGAGUGAGGCUACACCUACCGCAGAAGCUCUUGCGGGUGUUGAUGAGCCCACAGAGCCCGAGGCAGCUCGUGAUCUUGAAACUGAGACCAAGCCUGAAGAGGAACAAGCUCAGGAUGUGCCAGUUCUUGACUCCGAGCUUGCUCCCGUGGCAUCCGCAGACGAGGCUAUUCCUACCCCGGAGAUUGCUGAACAAGCCAUUGAUGUUCAAGAUGUGGACAGAGAAACCGCCCAAGACCCUACGGUUGAAGUGACUUCCGCGGAAGAACCCCGGGAAGAAAGACUUGAUACAGCCGUCAGCGACGAGCCUGUCUUAGACAAGUCUCUCGAUGACAAGCCCACAGAGCCUACACCAGACCCAGCUGUGGAGGGAACUCAACCUACGGAAUCCACAGAAAUUCCAGCGGUGGAGCAGGCUGAAGAUGAACAGGUGGCAACUUCUUCCAAGUCGAAAAAGAAGAAGAACAAGAAGAAGCGCCAAUCAGUUGCCCCUGAAGAGGAGCAGCCUACACCUGCUGAGGAGGAGUCCAAGGUCGUCCCCGCUGAGGAAGAGGCUAAGCCUACGCCCUCCGAAGAGGAGCCUGCACCUGUGCCUGCUGAGGUUGAAUCCACCGAGCCCGCGCCAUCUCAAGAGCUCGAACAGCCUCCUCUCGAGAAAGAUGCGGAGGUUCCCAUUGUGACGGAAGAGGCCCCUAAGGCUGAAGAGAUCAUGCAGCCAGAGACCCCUACCGAUGUAGCCACCGCUGAGGCAGCUGAAGAGGCAUCAAUGACUCCUGCUCAGAAGCGGAAGGCCAAGAAAGACAAGAAAAAGCGACAAUCAGUUGCUGCUGAACAGGAGCAGCCUACGCCUAGUGAGGAGGAGCCCAAGGUUGUCCCCGCUGAGGAAGAGGUUAAGCUUUCACCCGCCGAAGAGGAGCCUGCACCUGUGCCUGCUGAGGUUGAAUCCACUGAACCCGCGCUAUCCCAAGAGCCUGAACAUCUCGCUCCCGAACAAAGCCCAGAAAUUGCUAUUGUGGCAGAAGAGGCGCCCAAGGCCGAAGAGACUGCGCAGCAGGAUGCUUCCACUGAUGCUGCCGCCAUCGAGGCUGCCGAAGAGGCAUCAAUGACCCCUGCUCAGAAGCGAAAGGCCAAGAAAGAUAAGAAAAAGCGCCAAUCAAUUGCCGCUGAACAGGAGCAGCCUACACCUGUUGAGGAGGAGCCCAAGGCUGUCUCCACCGAGGAAGAAGUUAAGCCUGCAACCGCCGAAGAGGAGCCUACGCCUAUGCCUACUGAGGGUGAAUCCACCGAAUCCGCGCCAUCGCAAGAGUUUGAACAGGCCUCUCUCAAUCAAGAAGCGGAAACUCCUAUUGUGACUGAAGAGGAGCCGAAGGCCGAAGGACCCUCUCUGGAGGAGACUACCCAGGUAGAUGUCCCUGCCGAUACAGCCGCUAUCGAAGCAACUGAAGAGGCAUCAAUGACCCCUGCUCAGAAGCGAAAGGCCAAGAAAGAUAAGAAAAAGCGCCAAUCAAUUGUUGCCGAAGAGGAACAACCUGUGCCUGUUGAGGAGCCCAAGUCUGAACCAGCCGAGGAAGACGUCACACCUGCACCAGCGGAAGAGGAGCCGAUACCUGAAUCCACUCGGGAAGAGCCCACUGAGCCAAUUUUGACCCAGGAGGCCGAACAGUCCACGGUCGGCGAAGAUGCGGGGACUCCCAUUGUGACGGAAGAAGAAGCGCCCAAGGUUGAAGAGCCCUCUUUGGAAGAGAGCACGCAGCCAGAGGCACCUGCCGAUACAGCCGCUAUCGAAGCAGCCGAAGAGGCAUCAAUGACCCCUGCUCAGAAGCGAAAGGCCAAGAAAGAUAAGAAAAAGCGUCAAUCAAUCGUCGCUGAACAGGAGCAACCCGCGUCUGUUGAGGAGCCCAAGCCUGAAUCCCCUCAGCAAGAGCCCGUUGAGCCUGAGUUGACUCAGGAAAGCGAACAGCCAACUGUCGACAAAGAUGCCCAGACUCCUAUUAUGGCAGAAGAAGAAGUGCCCAAGGCCGAAGAACCCUCUCCGGAACAGACCACACAAGAGGAUGCCCCUGCUGAUGCAGCUGCUACCGAGGCUGCGGAGGAGGAGGCAAUGACUCCCGCGCAGAAAAAGAAGGCUAAGAAAGACAAGAAAAAGCAACGCAAGUCUGUUGCUUUUGACGACAAUGCCACUCCGAGCGAAGAUCCCAAGCCAGAACAGGAUUUAUCUGCACCUGAAGAUAAAGUUGAAUCCCAGGAUGCUCCGGCUGACUUGGUGAUCCCCGAGGAAUCAACAAAAGAGUUGCCAGUGACGGAAGAAGUUGCCGAGCCUGCUACUGAAAGGGAACUCUCGGAAAAAAUUGAAGAGCCCGCUUCCUCUGAACAAAGCAAGGAGAUCGCUGGGGAUGAGCCGACCUCAGCUACUGUGUCCGAUGCCGCCAUUUCUGCUGAAGUCGAGGAUCCAAAGUCCGCGACGGAGUUGCCAGACCAGCCGGAACAAGAUGCUCAAACUACAUCAGAGCCUCAGUCACCGAGUGCACAAGAGCCCGAAGUUCCCUUGACUGCGGCGCAGAAGAAGAAGGCGAAGAAGAACAAGAAGAAGGGCAAGUCUGUGGACUUGACCGAAAACGCCCCUGCUGCUACAGACGCAGCGCAGGAAUCCGAGCCCAUUGUGCAAACUUCCCCCGAUGAGCCAGCACAGCCCGCAGAAGGUCUCGAGCAAGACAAUAAUACCACAGAACCUGAGGCUUCCAAGACCGAGGAACCGGAGACAACAGAGACCGUAUCUGACGAUGUACCAAAAGAGGAAAUUCCUGACGCCAAGGAGACCGACGAAGCUCCCGCCACCGAGGCCGAUGCUGAGCCAACUCCCUCCCAGGAAGCAGAGGCCAUUGCCUCUUCUCCUGCGGAGACGACCGAAGAAGCCGGCAUGUCAGCCAAGGAGCGACGCAAAGCUGCCAAGAAAGCGAAGAAACGCCAGUCCAAGAAUGUCGACGCCGACACCGACGCCGCAACAUCCACCGAAGCGGCCAACAGCGUCGAAAAGGUCCUCACCUCUACGGACACAGACGCCCCCGGACUCUCAGCCGUACCGGCGUCCUCGCCUGCGGAACAUGACGGUAAAGAACAUCAGUCCCACGACAUAGAAACUUACGACGCCACGGCGCAAAAUACGGCCUCGACUGAUAAAUACAUGUCUUCGCAGGUAGAGCAGACGCCGAUAGAGAGUCCUUUUUUAGAUUAUCCUCCCCAGCCCGUGCUUGAGCGUUCAGUUGAUUCCGGCGAGUUGGUGGAGGGAAAUGCUGUGCAGGAGGGUGAUGUUGCCCCUACUGCACACGAGCGAGAGGGGGAGUUGGUUGAGCCUACACCCCUUGAGGAAAUGAAAACAGUUGAUGAUGGUGAGAUUGUUGAGGAGAAGUCGUCUGUGCCGGAAGCAGACGAUUUCUCCAUGGAGAAGGAUGUUGAGAAUAAAGAUGUUGAAGAGAUGCCUGUGAAUGUUCCAAUUGAUGUUAUUCCUGAGGUACAGACACAAGAAUCUCUCGUGGGGGAGGAAGAGGCUUCUGAGACAGCUAAAAACAAAAAACAAGAGGAGGAAGCCGCGGCACCUGAGCCUGAAACCUCUAUUGCGGAGGACAAGGAGCAGCCUGAAGCUGCGCCUUUGGUUGAGGCCGAGCCCCAGCCGGAGAUUGAAGAAAUUACCGAGCCUGAGCCCAUUGCUGAGGCCGAACCAUUGCCAGUUCUAGAGGAGCAAUCGACCGAUCGCUCACAGGACGUUGAAGAGACCGCCGCUGACCAGACAACCGAGGAAAUUGAUAACACCAAGGAUAUCAGUGUCCCACAAGCCGAGGUCGAGCUAGCGCCAAUUUCAGAGGAGCAACCAGCAGAACACCCACAGGACAUUGAAGAGACUGUCGCUGUCCAGACCGAGGACAUUGAUGACACUAAGGAGGUCAAUGUCCCAGAAGCCGAGACAAUUGCUCCUCCCAACGAAGACACCACGCAGCAGGAUGCUUCUGCCGAUACUGCCGCCAUCGAGGCCGCUGAAGAGGCAUCAAUGACUCCUGCUCAGAAGCGGAAGGCCAAGAAAGACAAGAAGAAGAAACGCCAAUCAAUUCUUUCCCAAGAACCCGAAGCUGACCUCCAGCCUGAGGAACAGACAGCACCCGAAGCGGCUGAAACAUCUGUCCAGGAGGUUGAGAUUGUAACGGAGUCAGCACCUGCCGAAAUUAUCACCCAGGAUGAAGCCGUUACUAGUGCAGACGAGCCUACAGUGCAGCCUAUUGAUGUCACCGAGGAGGCCACUAAGGAUCUUGUGGCUCCUUCUGAGGACACUGGACAGCAAGACACUGAACAACAUGUUCCGAGUCAAGAAAUCGAAAGCGGAGAGCGCUCUCUUGAACUUCCUUCCGCUGAAUCAAAUGUCGAGGAAGGAGACAAGCCAGUCGGGGAAGCUUCCGAAACCCCGGCCGAGGCUCUAAAUGACGAGCAACCUAGCGAACAAGCGCCGCCUGAAGCCGCUUUUGAACCAGAAGGGGAAUCGGCGACUGUCCCCAAGAAGAUGAGCAAGAAGGAGAAGAAGAAGGCUGCUGCCGCUGCCGCUGCUGCCGCUGCUGCUGCCGCCCUUCUCGAGGAAGAAAAACUCGUCGAGUCACAACCUGAACCCGAGCAGCCCUCGACUAUCACUCCUCAAGGUCUAGAGGAAGUGGUAGAGCAACCUAUCGUUCCACAGCUGCAGCCUUCAGAGACUGAGGACAAACCUCAACCCGAGGCAGAAAAGAGUCUAGACGAAACAACAGAACUGACAACUGAGCUGAAAGAUGAUGUCCCGGAGCAGCCUGUUGCGGUUCUCGAUUCCACAGAGCCCCUCGAAUCCGAGGUCAAGCUGGAGGAGUCUACAAAAGAGCUAACCGAGGAGCCAGCCGCGGUAGAUACUAUUACUCGGAAAGCGUCAAAGAAAGACAAGAAAAAGGCUAAGAAGCAAGCCAAGCAAGAACUAAUUGAGCCGGCUUCUCUCAUCGAGGAACAUGUUCCUACUACCGAGCCUGCGACUGUAGAGGCUGGUCCUGAACUGGAGCCGACUAUCGAGGAAACACCAAGGGAGAUUGUCCCCGAGCCUGAGUCCAUUGCCCGGGAAGAAAUCCAGGAGACCCCCAAUGCCGACCUCGAAAGCAUCCGAACCCCAGCUCUUGAUGGGUUUGGCGUCGUAUCGGAAGAUAAGCAACCUUCAGAAAGCGAGAAAAAUGAAGGAGUCGCCUCUCUGGACACACUCCAUACGUCCUCACCUGCGGAACCCACUGACCAACCUACCAACUACGAGUCCCUUGGCCUCCAGGAUACUGCCGAGAAGAAUGUACAGGAAGAUGAAGCUCAAGUUGGGGCCGAUACGCGGGACCUUGAGAAAACGGCCGACGUCGAGGUCAUCGAGGGCUCUGUUGAGGAUCGACCUGGGGAACCUGAAGUGGUGCCGGCUCUGUCCAAGAAGAUGUCAAAGAAGGACAAGCGUAAGGCCAAGAAGAAUGGCGGCAUCAGUGAAGAAGUCUCGAUUCAACAACAAGAAGAGCCCCAGGCUGACGUGGCUGAGUUGCCAACGGAAUCUGAGACCCGGCAGACAGAGCCUGCCGUGAAACAGGAAAUUCCCGAAAUUGAAGAUGCUGCAGAACCUCAACCUACAUUGGAGCCAGAGCUGCCAGCUGAAUCCUCCCUUGCGAUCGAGGAUCAGCCUACAUCCGCCCCAGAAAUCCAGGUCGAGCCUACGCAACCCGAUGAAGAGCCCGCCAGCGAGGAUAUCCCUCUUUCACGCAAGGCCUCGAAGAAGAAGGCGAAGAAGGCCCAAAAGGCUAACAAAUCCUUGGACACUAAACAGGCUGAAGACGCGAUCGAUGCAGAUCAGCAUGCUACUAUUGUGCCGUUCGAAGAGCAAUCCAAUGCACAGAACCCAGAAAUGCCAGACGAAAAGUCGUCCCAUGACGAAGAAGACUGGCCAGCAAUUGACUGGCAGGCGAAGUUUGAAGAGUCCCAGCGAUUGAGGGAACCGGAGAUUAUUAGCGAAUUUGUUGAUUCUUCAUUCCCCGAAGUUUCGCAAGAUGCAAACGACGCCGUGGAGGAAGAUUCUUGGGCUUUGCCGAGCAAAAAAGACAAGAAGAAGGCCAAGAAGAACAAGAAGCAGUCACAGCAAGCUGUUCCGGAAGUCGAGGAGCCUUCCCUGGAACCCUCGAAUGAGAAAGAGAUCGAGCCGCCUGCUCGAACAACUACCCCCGGUGGAUCUAAGAUUGCCAACUUAUUCCCCGGCCUCGAGCGUGCGGGAUUCCGGCGAUCAGCUUUGGACCAGCAAUCACCGUCGCUAAAAGAUAGUGCUGAGGAAGAGACAACAGCGGACUUGGAAGCGAAUCGCGAUAUCGCGAUCCCUGUCUCGGAGGCACCCCUAGCGACCACUGAAACCAAAGAAAUCGCCGAUGAUUUCACCUCGGGGCUGCCUAGCAGCCUCGAAAGACAAAUUGAGUCUACAAUCUCGGAGCUGAAAGCCCACUCCGAAACCCCGACUGCUACGGAGGAUGACUCAAUCAGAGAGCCAGAACUACCCAUGCAUGGCGAAAAGUCCGUGGAUGCGCCCUUGUCAUUGUCAACGGAGCCCUCCAACCAGCGGACUCGUACCGAGGAACCUUCUUCUCCUACGCGCUUCCCACCCCCAGAGGAAGCUGGAGCAGAACUGUGUGAACUACGCCGAUCACCAUCCAUCCAUGGUCGACACCAGCAUCCGCCCAGAUCAUGGAGUUUGGACGAACCAUCUCUCCCGGCUCUUGCCCCAUCCCCUCCCCGGUCGCUCUUUGGACCGAGUGACGAUUAUGUGCGACCCCGGACUCCGCUUGAACCGAUUGCGGAACAAGAACCACAUGGCCGGGGAACCAUGGCUCGCCGCGGGACGCCCCGCCUGGAAAUGAAGCCCGAACAUGUCUUACCUCGACCUCAAACACCCGUCCGGAAAUUUACCGACAAUGCCUUUGAUCGAGAAACUUGGCCUACAGAAAACCCGAAGAGCGAGGAUUUCAACCUAAUUCAAAAAACGCCUGAGCAAGGGAUUCUGAAACCCAGCACUAGCAGUGGAAAAUUACGUCGUACAAAUCGCAGUAUUAGUGGCGAUCUGCGGGCGGCUAGUCGAGCGCUAGAUUCCCAGCCUUCGAAUCUCGAUCUCGAUCAGCUCCCGUCUUCUUCCUCUUAUGACCCCGUCACCGACAAGGGCAAGCGUCCGCUGCGAAACAUGUCGGAUGUCUAUGAGGGAUGGGGUGAAACGCCCAGCUCCCCACGGUCGCCUAGCCGACCGCCUAGUGUCCGCCGCCGUCGCAGUAUGCAACACUUGCAAGACAUCGAAACCCGCCUCGACCAGCUCAUCUCCGAGAACCGUCUACUGAUUGCUGCCCGCGAUGAAGCCGAAGAUAAGCUUCGGAAUACCAGCGUCGCUCGUCGAAAGAGCGACCGUGCCCUCAACACCCGCGACGGCGAUCUGCGCGAUCGGGAAUCGGAGGUGGAACAAUUAAAGAACUCGGUGGAAUGGCUGCAGAAGGAGAUGACUCGUCUGACCCAGGAGAAUGAGGGGCUGACUGCAUCCAACUCCGCUCUCGCCGCCGCCCACGCAGCCGAGGUCAACACCGUACGCGAGUCGUCCACACGCGAACUUGCUGAGCUGCAGGCGCAACACAGCCAACUCUCGUCUCAGAUGGAAGAUCGAGUUCGACAAGAGAUUGAGUCCGCUCUUGCGCAGAAAGACAUCGAAUUGCGCCGUCUGCGUACCGAACUUGAGGAGGCUCGCGAUAAGGUCAAGGAGCUCCAACAACAAAUUGCAGCCUCGGUACAUGACAAUGCCCUUGUCUUCCGCGAUGAAGAGUACUUCGAGGCUGCCUGCCAGAAGCUGUGUGGCCAUGUCCAAUCCUGGGUCGUGCGCUUCUCCAAGCACAGUGAUAAGCGUCGCUGCCGCGCACUCAGUGAGUUGCAGGACGAAAAGAUCGCCGACCGCUUCGACAAUGCCCUCCUCGACGGCUCCGAUCCCGAUGCCUAUCUAUCUGAUCGUGUCCGUCGCCGUGAUGUAUUCAUGUCGGUGGUCAUGACGAUGGUUUGGGAAUACAUCUUCACACGUUAUCUCUUCGGCAUGGACCGGGAGCAGCGUCAAAAGCUCAAGUCUCUUGAGAAACAAUUGGGCGAGGUUGGCCCAACCCGUGCUGUGCAUCGCUGGCGAGCCACCACUCUCACACUGCUUUCCCGGCGACCAGCCUUUGCUGCGCAACGUGAGAGUGAUACGGAGGCUGUUACGCUGGAGAUCUUCCAAACCUUAUCGCGCGUCCUCCCUCCUCCGUCGCAUGUUGAAUCCCAGCUCCUGGAUAACCUUCGCAAGAUCAUGCGGGUAGCCGUUAGUCUGUCCUUAGAGAUGCGUACCCAACUGGCUGAAUUCAUCAUGCUGCCACCUCUGCAGCCUGAAUAUGAUACCAAUGGCGACCUUGCACGCCAAGUGUACUUCAACGCAGCUCUGAUGAAUGAGCGCAGUGGUCUGACAAACGACAAUGGCGAGCUCGAAGCUCAACAAUCUAUUGUGCGCAUUGUGCUCUUCCCUCUCGUUGUCAAAAAGGGCAAUGAUGUUGGCGAGGGUGAGGACGAGGAAGUCGUCUGCCCCGCCCAGGUCCUCAUUGCCCGCCCCAGCAAGGACAAGAAAGUAUCAAGGAUGAUGAGCGGCGACCGCAUGUCUAUUGAUGCUACCAGGUCUGUCCACAGCAUUGCUCAAAGCAUUACUCACAGUGUGGCACCUUCAUCUAUGAUGGACAUGAGCAAUGUGAUCUGA